UGUUUGGUUCAUGUUAAACUUAGGCCAGCACUUCAUUGUCUCUGAUGUCUAUCAUUUAAUAGGCUAGUUGACAUAAUGAAUGAGCCAGACCCACCUUCUGCCACUCUAGAAAGGCCCCAGCCUUAUCUGAAUUGAGAAGAACAUUAGAGCGCCUAAGCCAAUCAAAACACAGCUCUGUAGCAAAGUGCUGGCCAGAAAGAGGAAAAGCAGGGAACUUUUGUCUAUGACUGAGUUUAAUGAAGUUGGCCUGGUCACUCAAGAAAGGAUUAAAGGAGGAUUUGGUGUCAGUGAGCUGUGACUGCUAAAAGAGGGAACUUGAGUGUUUGGGUCACCGCGUCACCAGGAUGGUCUCGGUUCAGAGCUGUUCCAGGAGGAAUAUGGCUGGUUUCUCUCCUGCUCUGCCAGGUUUUGGGAGGUCGGGGAAGAGCUUUCUCAUUGACAAUUUGCUGAAAUCUCAGAGACGUUCGUUUCGUCCGGAAGGAGCGGAAGGUGCUCAGCCGAGGCGGGCGGCAUGUCAGCAUCUGACAGGAGCCUGGGGUCAUGAGUAUGGAGCUCAGCAAAGGCAUCAAGAGGUGACAGACUUUGGAGAACCUCUGCCACACACAGGUGUGCUAAGCGGUGUCUUUCUGCAGAACCCGCAGUAUCUGCUGCCGUGCUGCGGUGGGUCCAGCCCCCCCCCUGUCUUCUCCAAGGGAGCAAAUGAUCAGAUGUGGCCCGCUAACAUAAACCCUAAAUCACGAAAAGGAAUUUUAAGGAGGGCUGUCUUCUCUGAAGAACAAAGGAAGGAACUGGAAAGAACUUUCCGGAGGCAGAAGUACAUCAGCAAAACUGACAGGAACAAACUGGCAGCAGAUCUCAGCCUCAAAGAGUCACAGGUAAAGAUCUGGUUUCAGAACCGCCGUAUGAAGUGGAGAAACUGCAAGGAGAAAGAGCUCCACACAAACCGCUCCCCAAUGGAUGAGCUCAUGUCCAGAGGUCUCACCCAAGAGGACGAAGAACUGUCACACAAUCACACCAGUGCAAAAUUACAAAGCUCACUGCCAAAGAAAGGAACCAAGGAUUUAUGAGGGGCAAAAGAGACUUGGCCCUAAAAUCAACAGCAGAACAUGGAGACUGUUAGAAAUGGAUGGGUGUGAAAUGUGUGAAAGUUUUCUGUCUUUGCGUUUUUUAAAAACCAGAUAAGCAGUUUUGUGCAAGUUACACCCAAACUGUAACUCAUUGCAUAUUACCUAUUUUUGUCGUUGGAAAGUAAUCCCUUAUAAUAAUGCUGUCCUAGAAUUGUAAUGUGUGACACGACUCUGAUAUUACUUUCAAGUUAGAGAACACAAUAUUAAGUUGUUGUUCACCUUCCGGCACAUUCCGUCAGGGGUUGCCACGGCGAAGCAGCUUUUACUGAGUCGCACUGGUGGUUUGGCAGGGAUUGUUAUGUCGGAUAUCCUUCGUGACACAACCCAGUGCCGGCACAGGGAGAACCAAACUUGUGCUGAAGGGUCUGGCCUAAGGCCCCACACUGGAUGAAGCUGAUCGCGUCCCAGGGAAGUGAACCCUGGUUUCCCACGAGCCACUCCUUCAUGCAGCCAAGUGAGCCGUCCAUAAAAUAAAGUGAUCAAAUGUAUAUCAGGGGUGUAAAUAUGGUGAAAUAAUAACUACUAAUAAUAUUUUUGGUAAAGUAAAAGCUCCAAACAGUUGGGAAAACCAAACCUGAUUGUUAGAUGUAAACAUAAAAUGUAGGUCAUUUACUUUACUAAACAGAAAACCAGAGGCUUUUGUUCCUUUAGUAAGGAUAAAAUGACUAAAAAUGCUGGUUUAAAAUGACCUCCCACCAGCCAACAUCAACAGGACAUACAGCUCUAUAAGAAUAAAAAAAAAACAGGACUAAAAUACUUAUUAGGAACCCAAAAACCAAAAGAUUUGGGUCUUUGAAGCCUGACAAGAAAUUUGGCAAGUUACAUUUUUUUUAAAACUGCUCAAAGUAACUGACAAGCAAAAAAAAACAAUUGGUGGAGUUGUUGUCUGUUUAGGUCUUGUGGAGUCGCAAAAAUAAAAAUAAAAGUGAAAGAAUUGUUCUUUCUUGAAUGUGAAAGCAGGACUAGCAUGUCACACGUAUCUUCUCAUUACAAGCACAUUAUAAAAGACAUGCUUUAACCACAGUCAUAAGGGCGUUUCAAAAGCUGGCAUUACUUUUUAAAGCAAUUUUAUUGCAGAAGUUAUGAUAAAGGUGCCUUAAAACACGUUUAGCAUGUGCAAACAGGCAGAAAGCCCUACUGAGUGCACUGGGUCUCUAUAAGUGUGCUGCCUUGUAGACAUGUAAGCGAUUUGCAGUGACUG